AUGACGGCUACUGCUGGGUCAGAAGAUGUCCCAGCCCCAGGCGCUGUUAAUGGACAAUGGAACAAUGACGUAUCGCUAUCACAGAGGAUGCUGUCCGCCACCUGCGGGAACAUCCUGACAUGUUUAUUAGUCAACCCCCUUGAUGUCGUCCGAAUUCGCCUCCAAUCUCAGUCUCCCAUCAAGAACACAUCCCCGUUCAACUCCUACACAACACAGACGCUGAAGAACGUACCCCCCAAUCUGGGAGUUACUGCCUGCUGUCGAGAAGUAUUUUGGAUUGGACAGAAUGCGCAGGUUUGCAUGGUGGGACCGGGUGCGGGAGCUCUUCCUGCCGUGACAGAGUGUGCCGUGGAAGAGACCCAGCGGAAGACGUUUACUUCCACCUUGGAUGGUUUGCGCAAGAUCGCCCGGAAUGAAGGCGUGCUGACGCUAUGGCGUGGUCUCAGCCCGACCCUCAUGAUGGGCAUUCCAGCGAAUGUCAUUUAUUUCUCUGGUUACGACUGGCUCCGAUUCGACCACCGAAGUCCGAUAAAGCAGUACCUCCCCGAAAACUACGUUGCGUUUGUCGCAGGAGCGGCCGCGAGAAUCGCAGCCGCGUCUGCAAUCAGUCCAAUCGAGAUGUUCCGGACUCGUUUACAGGCCACGCCUGGCACUGGUGCCGGACAUUUCAAGGCCACUCUGGAUGGACUCUACAACAUGACUCAGAUACAUGGGUACAGGUCUCUCUGGCGUGGAUUGACCCUGACAAUGUGGCGCGACGUUCCCUUCUCUGGUCUGUACUGGUGGGGCUACGAGGAGGUCAAGAAGUUCCUCAUGGAAGGCCGCAAGAAGGCCCAAGCACAUCAUAUCCUCCCACAUGGCUCAAUAACGAGUCAGCAACAACCCCACGACAUUGAAACACCCACAUUCUUUGAGAGCUUUGUCGCCGGUGCUACGUCUGGAUCCCUUGCAGCAUUUGUCACUACUCCGUUUGACGUUGGAAAAACACGCCAACAAGUAUUUCGACACAUGGGCGAUGAGCACCCGAGCACCCCAAGAGCUGUGGCGGCCCCUGGCUCCGUUCGCCCCGAACAACUUCCUCUACCGAAGUUCCUGUUGCAUAUAUUCCGUGAAGAAGGGACGGCCGGACUCUUCCGCGGCUGGGUUGCACGGUGCCUGAAAGUCGCCCCGGCGUGUGCCAUCAUGAUUUCUACUUACGAGUUCGGGAAGAAGAUGGCUCGAGAGGUCAAUGAGAGACGCCACAGCGAUGAUGAAUCCACGAGUGAUUCUGUAUGA